GGCAUACUCAACCGAACCAUGAUCAUUGUUUUGAUUUCCCUUGUUUUCUUCCAUUGUCGUCGCUGUUGGACAUUUUCGUGCAUUGGUGCUAAUUACCAUUUUUCCAUAAUGGAACCAAUGUCCACUCCGCCAUACUCUUUGUCGGUUCAGUCACCCAAAGAGGCCCAUCUAUUUCGACAGUAUGCCUACAAUCAAAGCGAAAAUGGAAGUAGUUUGUCCGUGUUCCCACCUUCAAGUACGGCCGUCAAUUCGAUCCGGUCGAUUUCGCCCAAUAAAUUACAGCAAGAACCGUCGGAAUGGCUCCAAGAACGACAGAGACACAGUCGAAAAUACCGAUUUUUGCUUGGGGUGAGCGGGGUCAUUGUUCUGUGUCUCCUCAUCGGCAGCAUUGCCUACUGGAUCAUCAGCAGCCUCACCACCACGCAUCUACCCUACUCCACCGAAUACUCCCAAAGCAUCCCCACUAAAAGCACCCCCGCUAACCUUUCCUUAUAA